AUGUCUCUAGGCGCACUCACAACGCAAUUUACACCUGCGCCAUCUUGUUUGGCAUCAAGCGCAUACUGGCUGCUCCGCACGUCCUCUACCACUUCGCACGAGUACAAUUUCUUCGGUCAGCCCUUGGACAGGGCAGAAGACUGCUACCCUCCAAAUUACAACCCUGCUUCUACCGCCUACUACUCGCCCGCGAAAUGUCCUAGCGGGUACUCAGCAGCGACGGGAACCACGAAGAUCAUUUCAGAAACCCUCACCGAAACCGCUGAAGUGUGCUGUCCUACGAUAGACUUGUACCGACCACAAACCACCAACAACCUAAAUACUCAACACCCUUUCCUCACGACCCUACUAUGCGAAUACAUCGUUCGAAACCAGUUCCUUACAACCGUCACUUCGUCCGAAGUAGGACAACCCACAUCCACAACAACAACAUGGACCAUGGGCUUUGCCAUAAAUGCAUACGCUGUCCUCGUGAAACGCAAUAACCUCGAUUUCGCCACCAAAACGUCGGAUUCCAGUACCACUAUCAGCACAAGCGCAAGCCGAACACCCACAUCGAAUGAAAACCCCAACGCAGGCCCAACAUCAGGAACAAGCACAUCAAUCGAACCAAACAACACCAACAACAACACCCAAUCAUCCCUAGGAACAGGUGCCAGCAUCGGCAUCGGCGUCGGAAUGGGAAUCCUCAUCAUGGGCCUCCUCAUCGCAAUCGUCUUCCUCGUCCUGAAGCGCAGAAAGAAGAACAAAGAAUUAGCCGCGAUACUGGAAAACACGCACAAAGCGUAUGAAUUGCCGCCUGCGCCUCUUGCGAGCUUCACGCCGACUGUGCCGUUGAUGCAGUAUCGGUAUCAGGUGGAGGCUUCGCCGAAUGAGUUGGAUGGGGCUUCUGCGCGGUUCGCGGGGGCGAGGGGGGAGCGCCCGAUGGAGUUGGAUGGGCAUCGUCCGGCGGAGUUGCCGGCGGUGUAUAAGGCGGUUUACCAACGAUGAA